AUGUUGAAGGCCAUGUUCGGGCUCGUCUUCGCCUGCCUCCUCGGCACGCCGGCGGCCCUGCUGCGCCCGCAGAGCGGCCGCAAGGCCCCGCUGAAAGGCCUGGCCGCCGAGGUCGUCGCGCCGGUGCCCCCGAUCGGCGGUCGCUCCCUGCCGUGGCUUUUCGAACAGGCCAUCAAGGUCGGGCGGCGAAGGAACGCCGUGCUCGACGUCGUCGCGCCGCCGCCGCUGGGCGGCCGCUCCCUGCCGUCGCUGCUCGGGAAGCGGCCGGAGAUCCCCAUCGUCGCGCGGGCCGACGCGAUCGCGGCGGACCGGCCCGAGGCGCUCGCGGCGCCGAGGCCGCCGUCGGUGCUGGGCCGGCUCGGCGCGCCCGGGAAGAACAACGUGCUCGCCUUCCCCGGCGCCGAGGCCCUCGCGCGGCGGCGGCGCGCGAAGAUCUCCGCGGCCGCGCUCGCGGCGCUGCUCCUCGCGGACCCGGACGACUGCCUCGACGAGGACCUGCGGCUCACGCGGGGCGCCGUGCCCCGCGAGCUCAGCGGCACGCUCUACGUCAACGGCCCCGCGCGCCUGAAAGUCGGCACGGUGGGCAGCAGCGCGCACCCGCUCGACGGCCACGGCUACGUCCGGUCCUUCCGGAUCCAGCGCGACGCCGCGCACGAUUUCGACGACCCGCACGUGCGCCAGCGCGUGCGGCUCAAGGGCCGCUUCGUCAAGACCUGGGCCUUCGAGGUCGAGACCUUCUUCGGCUUCAACGUCUUCCGCGGCUUCUUCUCCCUGCCGUUCCUGCCCCUCCGCGAGCUCGGCUUCGCGUUCAACGCGCUCGCGAUGUGGCGCAAGAACGUCGCGAACACGUGCGUCGUCGAGUGGCCGCCGGGCCAGCUGCUGGCGCUCUGGGAGAUGGGCCCGCCCCACGCGCUCGACGCGGAGACGCUGCGCACGACGAAAUCCUGGUCCCACCUCGAGUAUUUGGCGACGUCCGACUGCGCGCUGUCCCGCCUCCGGCCCUUGCUGGCCCACACGAAGACCUGGACCGACGGCGACGCGUCGACGCUCGUGGGGCUCUCGGCGCUGGGGUCGUCCUACACCUUCUACGAGUUCGGCCUCGACGGCGCGCUCGCGUCGUCGACGGAAGCGACGAUGCCGUUCGAGUCGUCGAUCGUCCACGACUUCGCGAUCACGGAGGACUACUACGUGGUCCAGGAGAACCCCGUCGUCUACACGGGCGACGUCGGGGCCGCGCUCGGCGCGGCGCCCAUGCUGGGGAACGGGUCCGUGGUCUCGGACGUCGCGGCGACGUCGCGCGUCGUCCUCGUGCCCCGGCCGUCGGGCGCCGCGGACCGGACGCUGGUCUUCGACACGGGCGACCACGCGCUGGCCUUCCACUUCGCCAACGCCUACCAGGACGACGACGGUAGCGUCGUCGUCGUCGCGGCGUCCUUCGACAACUACCGCAUGGGCUCCGAAUACGGCUUCGACCCGGUCGAGGGCACGUUCGCGCCCGCGCAGCUCCUGGAGCACGACCACGAGGCCGGGCCCUUCCUCUUCGAGACGCGCCUCGACGUCGCCGCGGGCCUCGAGCGCGGCGAGGGCACGCUGCGCGGCCUCGCGACGCGGACGCUCGCGGACGGGUCGCGGACGCACCGCGACUUCCCGUCCGCGCACCCGGCGCGCGAGGGCCGGAAGACGCGCUACGCCUACUGCGCCGCGUCGCCGCACCUCGCCGACGGCGACCCCUUCUUCCCCUUCCACUCCGUGCAGAAGGUCGACGUCGCGGGCGGCGGGCCGGCGCUCUCGUGGGCGCCGGAGCGGCCGGGCUGCUUCGUCGGCGAGCCCGUCUUCGCGCCGCGGCCGGGCGGCUCCGACGAGGACGACGGCUGGCUGCUCGUGCUCGUCCACGACGUGCCCAACGACGCGACGGAGCUCGCCGUCCUCUCCGCGCGGAACCUCGCGCUCGUCGCGGAGCUCCGGAGCUCCGGCCUACUGCCCCUGGGCCUCCACGGCUCCUGGUCGCCCGCGCCGUGACCUCGUCCUGCACACCAUUUUGUUUCGCCUACACAUAGCACCCCUGUCCAUAAGUACACUACAUAUGU